GUUCGCUUUGUUUUUGUAGCUGUUCGUGCCGAACCAGGCUCCAUUGAGCUCUGAUGGGUUCGUCGAGGGGGAUGCCGUUCAGCUGAGUCUCGACUCCCUCUCUUUGUUUUUGUUUGACAUCGUGUAAGGCGACGCGAUAGCUCGUGAGCAGAGGAAUGUCGAUGAGUGACGCAGGCAACGUGGCCACAAGGAUAGAGGGUGAGACACGAUUGUUGGGCAACGUUCACGACAAGAACGACAAACCCUUCCCUUCGACGUCUUUUGUCGUUUGGGCAGGUGGUGAGUCCUACGCGCCUCAGCCGAGCGCGGAGGCUCCCCUGUCUUCCACUGACGAGUCGCUGCACAAGGACCCCCCUCUCCAGCCCUCAUGUCAGGCUCCCGUCUUCAGACCGCCACCCGACUUGGUUCCCAAACCUAAUCACAGCCCACCAGACAGACCUCAGACGGCUGUUCCGAUGCCGGCCGAGCCCCCGGAGGCCGCCAAGCCUCCCGCCGCACCAGCAGCUGCGACGAAGAAGGCUGGCGUGUCCCCUGACAAAAGAGACAUGGGUGGUGUGUGUGAGGAGGUGGUUUGUGCGCACGGGUGUAUUGGCCGCUGGUCGGCCAAGUGGGCGUGUGAGGGCGGCUAUGCGGGUCAGGCGGAGCACCCCAGGAGCGCCCAUAGCCUCAUCGCACAGUUCGACGCCGCAUACCGAAAGAACCCCUUCCCCAGCGACGAGAAAGGACGCGACACAUGGUACCUACAAACGUACAUGAAGCACGUAUUACAUGUGUACACGUCCAUGUCUGUGAGUGACAGACAGACAAGUACAUGGACAGCACGUCACAGAUUCGGUCUGUCUAAUGCCGCUUGUCCUCAUGUGCGUGCACCGCAGGUUUAAGACUCAGUCGUUUUUCAAGACAAUCGGCAAGCGCACUCAGCGAGAGUUCCUCGACGACCUCACACUCACGCUCGACUGCCGGCGGCUCAUCCGAUGCGCCGCAGACGUCAGAAACCGACUCGCACCGACACACGCAGCGGACAAAGCAAUGGACAGGGUGAGUGUGAGACACACAAACAAAACAACAAACAACAGCAUCAUCAAGUGAAGCGUCUCUGCUUUCCGUGUGUCAGAUGGAUGAGGAUACUGGCGAUGAUCCCGCCUCACAGCUGCGAUCGGUACAUGAACAUAACCAAACACUCACUCCGUCUAUUGUGCUUCCUUGUCUGUGUGCAGGUCUCGCGUGCCCUUCAGGAGCGCACCAAAGAGAUAGCCGCCGUGCGAUCCCACGCACACAAUGAACACCUAGCCAACACACGAAUCUGCUUGUCUUGACGCAUUGUCCGUUCGUGGUUGUGCAGGUGCGUCUGUCUAUCGAUCAGAAGCGGCAUCUUCGCAGACUCAUCCGCAAGGAAAGGGAGGUAUGCACGUCACUCACUCACCGACGAACACAAGAACGACCCGUGAGCACUGGAGGAUGUGUCGUUCUCCGCUGUGUCAGGAGUUGGCAAGCAAGAGGGUGCCGGCGAUGCAUCUCAAGUCACGAGAAAUCGAGCGUUGUAGACGAGACGUAACUUAGACGAUGCCGUCCUGAAAGCAUACGGGUGUAUUCCUUCUUUGUCUGUGUUUGCAUGCAGCUGGAUAUGGCGAUCGGGGGCAAGGAUGAGGCACUGCAGGUCUGUCUGCCAGACGCAUCGAUGCGCAUGUGUGUUGCCUUCACAACGUGGAUGGCUGUCUGUCUCUGUGCGUGUCAGGAGUUGACGCUGAUGAUUCGGAACGAGAAGGCGCGGCUGACCGAGCUGGAGAGCUCACAGAAGGACCAAGAGGACAAAUACAAGGUCACUCAGAAUCCCACCCACCCACUAUUGAUCCACCGAUGGAUCUUUCCUCUCUGCUGGUGGCUUGUGUGUCAGGGUGCGAACAAGUCUCGCAUGGCCAAGCCCACGGCUCCCAUGUUCCAGGAGUGGCUGUCGGCCUCUCGCAGAUCACCGGUUACCACAAAGGGGCAGCACACCAGCACCAGACGGACACACGCACACCUCUUCGUGUGUGUGCCUUUUGGUCGAUCAGCACCGGCCUUCGCCCGACGGCGGCUCUCCCGCCAAGAUGCCUCGUCAGGCGGACAAGUCAGGCACCUCGCCGCCCAGACCAUCAGCCCCCUCGGCCCCCGCACCACCACAUAGUGCACUCGGUCCCCUCCCCACUGUGGAGAGGGGAGGCGGAGCGACGCAUGAGCUGAAGGACCACCCCAUCCCCCCUGUCAUGGGCGGCGAGGCCGAGGCCAAGGACAUGGACGCCAAGGCCCCCUCGCAGCCUUCGCCGACAGUGCCUGACGGCCUGUCCGAGUCACGACACGCCAGCUUCUCCAACCAGAGCGCAGCCAACGGCGAGCCCGACCCGACGAACGCCUUCCCGCUCACACUGCGUCUGCGUGCGCUGAUCCCCGACCGUCAGCCUUUGGGCGUCUGCCCGUGGCGGCCCACCAGGAGGGACCCGUGGGCCAAGGUCCGCGUGUGCUUCAACAAGGUGCAGACCGAGUACGUCAACAUCAAGGACUUCCACCUCUCCCAGUUCCCCAUGAGGGAGGCCUACCGGGAGGCCAUCAAGAUCCGCAACAACAUCGCCGCCAGGCUGGGCCUCGCGCCUAUUCCCGUCGACCAGGCCGACCACGUCCUCGACACAGAGGACUGGAGCAAGUACGAGACACUCGACACCGCACCCAAACGGCGCAAGAGACGGCAGAGUAAGGAGCCGUCAGCGCCCGUCCCGCCCCCACACAGCGGCCGCAAGAAGGUGCCCUUCAUCGAGCAGCUCAGGUCACUCCUGCCGCCCGAGGCACCCCUCGGCCUCUCUGUCGUGGCUAACAGCUCCCGUGGUGCACCGCCGACGGCCAUCGAGAAGAUCAUGGUGGGGUUCCGCCAGCAGGAGGGCCAGCCGAGAGAGGAGGUGGUGUGUGCGGAUUUCCCCUCCCUCAGGGAGGCUGUCGAGUGCGCGGUCGAGAAGCGCAACGCCAAGGCCGCUGAGUGGUCGCUGCACCCGCUGUCGAAAGACCAAGUUGACACCAUUCUGACGCAAGUGGACUGGGCCAAGUGGGAGGGCGUGGGGGGUGGGGCGGGUGGUGAGGCCGAUGACGUGGACAUGGGUGACGUGGUGGACAACACCGUGGCUCAGGAGGGCAUGAAGCGGACGGUCAAGCCGGAGCCCAGCGAUGCCCCCCACCACCAUCCCCAGCAGCACGGCGAGCAGUCCGACGGGAGUGAGUGUGAGGAUGAGGAGCAGCCGCUUCAGAUGCGGCUGCACCGCGCCAAUCUGGACCUCAUGAAGCAGAUGCGCAAGCGGGUCACCGACCGAGUCAGGGCCCUCACACCAGCCGACAAGGACCCCGUCUACCUGGGCAUCUACAUGAGCAACAAGAAGGCCGCCUUCUUCGCGUCCGUCAAAGAGGAGCCGGUGCCCUAUGCACAACAGAAGAAGGGACCGGCCAGACGCGUCGCUGAGCUGGGUACACACACACCACCCCACGCACACACGCACAUGUAUGACGAUGGUCCAUCUCACUCUCCCUUCCUCUGUCUGUGUGCCAUGAUGUCACUGUCUGUCAGGCUUGCGUGGUGCCUUUGCCAUGGCGGCGUCGGAUCGUGACCGGCUGGCCGAUGCCGUGGGCAUUCCCCGCCUGCCCGACCCGGCCACGUACGCUGACAUCCUGGAGGAAUUCGACAGCGGGAAGGACUCAGAUGGACGCGCAGAGCCCAAGCAACCGAGCCAACCGCCUGUGAGUGGCUGAGAGAUGCCGUCCGUGACGUCGCCCUUUCCUUUUCUCUGUCUAUGUUGCCUUCAGCCUCCCGUCCGUGGUCGCAGCCGAGGUCGGGGUCGAGUGGGCCGUCCCCCCAAGAUACGACGCGUUCCGCCUCUCGGCUUCGACCCCGAUCGAGUGAUCAAGCAGGAGAACGGGGAGGGGGUCGUCAUGCGGGGCAGGGCAAGGGGCCGCGUGGGUCGGCCGCCCACAAGGAGCAGAGGUGGCCGGGGCGGCGGUGUGUCGACGCGAGGGAGGGCCAGGCGGUAUCGGGACAGUGAGUCAGAUGAGGAUGGGGAGGGGAGCGUGGAUGACGCGGACUCCCUCUAUGGCGCACCGGCGAGGCGCCAACGGGACGGCCGCACGAGCGCUGAGAUGAAGGCUGAGAUGGCCAAGCGCCUGCUGGCAGGAGAUACGGAAGACAUGGACAUGGACCAAUACACAGGUGGUCGGUCGGUGGACAACACACGGCACAGACAGAGAGGCAGGAUGCGACGUUGUGUUGUGUGUUGUGUGUCAGGCGGGGGCCGCAAGCGUCGGCGCAAGACGAAGCGUCACGAGUCGCCGAUGGACGUCGACUUCAGUGCAUCAGGUGGGCAGGCACCGACGCCCUCGAUGCGCAUUUGACAUGCACAUGGUUUCUCCUUCAGUUGAGAAGAAAGGCAGCAUGUCGCCCUCCCGCACCGACGAGCGCAUCCGUGCGGCCCGCAUGGCGGCUGAGAUGCCCCUCCCCACCACCUCUCUCUCCCUCGUCUCACCCUCACUCUCAUCCAAAGACUACCAGGCCUUCCUGAGCUUCAUGCAGCAGAGGGAACAACAGCAGCAGCAGAUGGCGGCAGGGGCGAGCACGGAGCUGGGUGGGCCGAGCCAGAAUGAUCCCUUCGCUCUGCCUGGCUGUAGUCGUGAGGAUGGCCGUGUCGGCGUGUCCUCUGCGGCGGGUGACGGGGGCUCGCGAGGCGCCAGGGAGGAGCCACCCGGCUUCAAGUCGGUGUUUGUGCUUCCGUUGUGCCCGGCGGACGUCGGCAAACCCCAGUUCGACGGCAGACCGCCGCUGGUCCCUGCGUCACAUGUACCAUCCGGCGGGUCGAGUAUGGUUGAGUCGCCCUCCGGCCGACAGUCGUGGCUCGUGCCGCUCAAGCCUCCGACUACCAACCCGAUCGUCGAGGGCCGGCGCCCAGAGCCUGCUGCGUCAGCGAGCGGGUGAGCGGGUCACGGGGCGAGACAGAUGCAGGCUUGUGUGAAGUGGGUGGUGGUUUGUUUGUUUGAAAUGCAGUGUCGCUUUGUCUGCUCAACUGGCCCUCACUGACGGUAUGGCUGGAGUGUCGGCGGACGCUGAGAUGGGGAAGGAGGUUUGCCAGCUCAAAGGCGACUGGACUGAGUACAUCGGUGCCAUGAAGGCCUCGCAGCGACCCGACCUGCUGGCUGUCGUGCCCUUCUUUGAACACGUGAGCAGCCCCAUCUGCUGUCGUGCAGGUGGCCAUCACACUGCAUCUGUCCUGUCUGCAGGGUGAGGGUCAAGGUUUGCCUCCGAGUGAGGUGCUGGCGACUCUCCGCGACGACCGCACCGUGCUGUGUGAUGCCAUGGGUGUGGCACACCCCUCGACGCUUCUCGACCUUCUCGCCUUCCUCACGGCCGGUGGGGAUGUCGGCAAGAUGGACACCGGCAUGGCGGCCGAUGGGGAAUUCGCGGCCCUCACCCAGAUGGACGCCAUGUGGCUGUCUCGCGCCCUCAAGGACCACAACGAGCAAAGCGAUGCUCUCAAGAUUGCCAUUGAGCAACUGGCAGACACCAUCACGAAGGCAAGCCAGGAAGCAUUGGAUGCAGUGCGGCACACGUGUGUCACAGUGUGUGUGGUGUGCAUGUCAGUUGGAGAUCUCUGGGUCGACUCUGUUGCGUCUGUUCAAGUACCGCAGCAGCGGGUCGUCCCCCCCGCAGCCGAGUGUGGAGGAGCAAGUGGUGCGUGAGAUGGGGGUGGAGCUGCCGCUGAGGGUCUACAUCAAAGUCAGGCACAUACUCAAGAACGCACUCAGAGACAUAGGGGCGGUGGCCACGGCCGACUGACUGAUUGAGACGCCACGUCCGCACAGUUUUUUUCCUAUGGAUGUGUCAAGCAUGGCGCCUUCGUGAUUGACUCGUUUGUGGCCCGAUGAACUUUCUGGGGCUGGAUCGGCGAUGAGUGUGGAUGAACGUUUUUUCCCAGCGAUUCUUUGUUUCCUCGUGGCAGUGAAGACUUGAAAUACCACCGUCCAACCUUUGUUUGAACGGCAGACCAUGGCCAUGUAACAACACAAAUCCAUGAGGACAUCACAAGCACUUGC